CAUUUAAGUGUUGGUAAUGUCAUUCCAUUUCAUUCCACUCACUCAUUUUCUAUAAGCUGUGUUUAUUUUUAAAAAAAUAAGUCCUGAUCUGCCAUUUAGUAUUCUAUUGUUAUUUGGGUUCAGAAAUCAGUUUAUUGUGAACAAGUAAACCAGAAUGCAUAAAAAAUAAGCUCUCAUAAAUCUGUCAAGCUAUUAUAUUUUUUGUAAAAAAAAAAAUAAAAAAAUAAAACAAAAAUUAUAUACACAUUUGUCAAAUAGGUUAAAUACAUUUUAAGAAACUGGCAGAUAUAUCCAAAUGAAUUGCCCACCAUAACUCGAUACACUCUUUAGUUGGAGUUUUUUCAGCUCUAGUUUUUUCACUGUGUCCUAAUGUGAAGCGCUCGGACUCAACCUUUUCUGCACUCAAUGUGUUUGCAACGUUUGCACACGGCACCAACGCCACUCCGCCACCAACUUCAACCUGACAAGAACCCGUGCAAACGGAGCGGGAGGCAGGAAAACGUCGCUGCGUUGCUCACGAAGCCUGAUGUGUAACCUGCCGCGUGUCCUAACGUGGGUUUCACAGUGCACAGCUUGUGUCUCUCCUCCUGAUGAGGUGACGUUGUCGUCAUUUUCUUGCUGAUUUUGUACGAGUUUUACUUUUUUUUCCCUUUUACUUCAGCGAGCUGUUUUUUAUCGGACUGUCUGGAUUGACAAAGCAGAACGUGCGCGCUGGAGUGAGGUUAAAUUCGUCGAAGAAAGGCGGCUGCGUAUAUCUGUUCAACUGCUGUUAGCGACCCUGAAUUUAGCGGGAACCUCGACUCCAUUUUCUGCUUUCCAUAACGUCUCCGCUCUGCUGGCUGAUAAAAGUCAAUUCAUUUUGGAUUUCCACCCGACAUCCUCCAUGACUUGUUUGAAGGAGUGGUCCCUGUGGAGCUGGCACACUGUUUGAAAGGUUUGAUGGCAAAAAAAUAUUUCACGUUGAAAGAGCUGAAUAAUGCAAUCCUGUGUUUUCCCUACCAGCAUUCUGACAAGGUUGACCGUCCUCACCCAGUUCCUCAAAAUUUUGUGAGUCGAGGAACAAUUGGUGGGAAUGGGCAUGAGAACCACACUCUUCUUAGACUGCUACCUGUUUUCAUUGGCUCCAGAGUGCCAGAAGGGGACAAAAUAUGGGAGAUCCUAAUGGAAUUGAAGGAUAUAGUUGAGCUUGCUGUUUCUCAUAGUUUCACAGAUGAUACCAUUCAGUAUAUGGCCAGCAAGAUUUUAGAUCACAGGCAACUCCUUCAGGAAGUCUUCCCCAACUUAAGACUGCGACCAAAACAUCACUACAUCGAACAUUAUCCUUUUCUCAUCAAGUGCUUUGGUACUCUGGUGCAUCUCUGGACAAUGAGAUUUGAGGGGAAGCACAAGGUUUUUAAGAAGAUUGUUCGUGACACACACAACUACAAAAAUGUAUUGAAAACACUGGCAGAGAGACAUCAAAACAUGAUGGCAUUCUAUCUGUCAUCACAAAGAUUUUUCAAGCCACCAGUACAGACUUCAAACAUGGAGUCUGUCUUUAUUGAAACAUUGCCUAUUGAUACACAUCCAGUAGUGUCAAGCAUCACAGACAGCACCAGUGUAUAUGGCACAAAACAGGCAACCAUUCAAGGCACAACUUUUGUGGUAGGAAUGUUUGUAUGUACUGGGACACAUGCUGCCUUGCCUGAGUUUAAAGAGAUCAGAAACAUAUUGCUCAUUGGAAGUGAGAUAUUUUUUCUGUUAAAAGACUAUGAGACCUGGUAUCUUGAGCAUUUGCGGUCAUAUGAGCUAACGGAACAUACAAGCAAGAGCCAUUCUGUGAAAUCUCUGAGUCAGUUAACUGACCAAAUGCCACAGAUUGCCUACAAAGUUUCAGGCAGGCUAGUUCUGACAACUAAACAUUUCAUUUCAGUGUCUGAAUAAAGGAUUGUUCAGUAUGCAUCCUAAUACUACAUAUGUGUUUAACUUGCAUGUACAAAAAUGUACAAGUGAAUAUAUCUGUGUUUAGCAGGAAAGGAGAGCAUCGACAUGUUUUUUUCU